GCUAGCAUGUUGCGCGGGCCCAGGUCAUUCGUAGCCAAAUGCCUUGGUUGCGAAUUGCUGGUUUGGAACUUUUUGUUUAAUGGCUGUUCUGUUAGAAAGCUGAUUUGGGUACGCGAGGUGUUAUUUCCUGCCAAUGCCGCCCAUUCUUGUGAGCGAGUGUUGGGGAAAGCGAUUGAGUCGUUCAUUGCAAUUUGAUGGAAAAAGUACAUUAAGGUCAUUGUGUGGCACAGUGCUUUUCAAGAAAUGGACUGGGAUCAGCUCGAUGUGAACCCCAGAGUGAUUGCAGCGGUUAAAAAAGCUAACCUAAGAUCCAUCAAAGACGUGUUGAAUCUUUCAGGAGCAGAUUUACAAAGGUUGACCAAACUGUCCUGUAUAGAUGUGCAAUACCUACUGAGAGCCGUUUCUGGUGCCUUGAGGAAGUACUCAGGCCUUACAGCGUUGCAGCUCUUCCAAGAUGAAAGCCCAACUUCCCAACGCCAGAAGCUGAGCCUGGGCUGCCGCGUUCUGGAUGGUUUGCUAAGAGGCGGCAUUCCGCUGACGGGGAUUACUGAAAUUGCUGGCGAGAGCUCGGCUGGGAAGACCCAAAUUGGCUUGCAGCUCUGCCUUUCUGUGCAAUACCCGUACGAAUACGGUGGACUGGAAUGUGGUGCCGUUUACAUUUGCACGGAAGACGCUUUCCCCCACAGACGCCUCCAGCAACUGAUUGAACACCAAUCCCAGCUGAGAGGUGACGUUCCUCACCCCGUCAUACAGAAGAUAAAAUUCGGAAACUGUAUUUUUGUGGAACACGUGGCCGAUAUUGAGACUUUCCACGAGUGCAUUGCAAAAAAGAUUAACGCAUUGCUUGCGCGAGGCAUGGUGCGCCUGAUUGUCGUCGAUUCCAUUGCUGCCUUAUUCCGGUGCGAGUUUGCAGCUAAGGACUCCGUCCUCAAGGCCAAGUACUUGCAGACAUUCGGAGCAAAACUUCUUCGGUUAAGCAGCGCGUUCCGGACCCCGGUAGUGUGCAUUAAUCAGGUGACUGAUACAAUGGGCGAAGGCGCCAGUGGUGAUCCCAGCAGUCCUUGCUCUGCUGGCAAGAAUGUCGUCCCAGCACUUGGAAUCACCUGGUCCAACCAGCUGCUGAUGAGGUUGAUGGUAAGCCGUACAAACCGACUAGCGCAGCCUGCUGAAGAUGGAUCCCCUGGAAGCCCAUUACGGACAAUGAGGGUGAUUUUUGCUCCCCAUUUGCCUCAGUCUGCUUGCUGUUAUACAGUGAACCCGGAAGGAGUGAAAGGAAUACAGAUGGAGAUUCCAACAGGAUAGGAAGCCAAGCUGAGAAGGGACAAGUCUUCUCCCUCCUUUUGUGUUUAUAAAGGGAUAAACCAUUUCACAGACAGGUUUGCGUUCCCAAGAAGCAUUAAAAAAAGCCAGUUUUACACACCAUUAGGUUGGUUUCAAUAUUUUAUUUUAUACUUUGAAAAUGCCACAGAAGCUUUAUAUGUUAACAUUUUCAGAAUGCACCACAGUUCUGUAACAGGCUUUUUAAAAAAACAAACAAAUCAGGAGUUAUUCAGUGGAAAUGUGCUGUGCACUUGGGGAAUCAUGUUGCUGGUUUAAAGUAGCAGAAUGGGCAUGUUUGCCCUCUUCUCUACAUUCUAGUACUGCUUUUUCUGAAUUUAUUUGGGCAGCUGAAGUGCUAAGCUGCAAGCACACUUGGUUUAGCAGAAAAUCCAGAAACUACACUU